AUGAGAGAAAUUAUAUCAAUUCAUAUUGGUUAAGCUGGAAUACAAGUUGGUAAUGCUUGUUGGUAAUUAUUUUGUAUGGAAAAAGAUAUAUAACCAAAUGGUUUAUGGUUAAAAGGAGACAAUAUUGAAUUUGGUGGGGAAUUGUUUUAAAAAAUAUCUUCUGAUAAAUAAUAUGAAAAAUUGAUUCCAAGGUAAUUAUUUAUAGACUUUCAACCAGAUGCAAUCAAUAAAAUUAAAAAUAGUGAAUAUAGAGAGUUAUUCCAUCCUGAUAAUUUUAUUGUUGAUAUUAUUAGAUUGUUCAAAAAUUUUUGCAAAAGGAUUUUAUAAAUAAUGGAGGAAAAAUAAUUGAAAAAUGCAUGGACAGAAUAGGAAAGUUUACAAUUGAUUGCUCUAAUCUUUAAGGAUUUUUUGUUUUCAUUCAGUUGGAGGAGGCACCGGAUUAGGAUUUGGAUCUUUAUUAUUGGAGUAAAUAUCAAUAAAUUAUCGAAAAAAACCAGUAAUAGGAUUUUCUAUUUUUCCAUCUCGAAUUUAAUCUUAAAAUACUUAUGA